CAAUCGGGCGCCUCCCAGGUGAUGUCAUGGAGGCAGCCUCCGUGCUGUUGCUGAUGCUGUUGCCCGGUGCCUGCAUCCCAGCAUCCAGACGGGGGAAACCGGCGGUCCAUCAGCAGCUCAGAGCACCGGGACAGACGGGGGGUGAGACGGAUCUUCGGCAUCCCUGGAGAGCAGCAGACGCAGUGAGAAGAUGACUCUGGCAGCCUAUAAAGAGAAGGUCAAAGAGCUCCCCCUGGUGUCUCUGUUCUGCUCCUGCCUGAACCCACAGACUGCAGAAAAACCCACGUACAAGGCAGAAGAUGCGGUGGACCUGGGCUGGUGCGUCAUCAAAGACGUGGAGGUGAUCGAGCUGAACAAGCGAGCGUCAGGCCAGGCCUUCGAGGUCAUCCUGAAGCCUCCGUCCUUUGACGGCGUGCCAGAACUCAACACCUCCAUGCCCCAGCGCCGCGACCCGUCCCUGGAGGAGAUCCAGAAGAAGCUGGAGGCGGCCGAGGAGAGGCGAAAGUGUCAGGAGGCCGAGCUGCUGAAGCACCUGGCUGAGAAGAGGGAACAUGAACGCGAGGUGAUCCAGAAGGCGUUUGAGGAGAACAACAACUUCAUCAAGAACGCCAAGGAGAAGCUGGAGCAGAAGAUGGAGGCCAACAAGGAGAACAGGGAGGCUCUGCUGGCAGCCAUGCUGGAGAGGCUUCAGGAGAAGGACAAACACGCCGAAGAGGUGAGGAAGAACAAGGAGAUGAAGGAGGAGGCCUGCCGGUAGACGAGUCACGCUGAAAGAGAAAAAAAACAGCGAGACCGGGGAGUUUUUGAGUCUGAAAAAAAUAAAUAAAAAGAAUUCAAAACAGUGCAGAAAAGAUUAAGACGGAACUCAGCAACAGCAACCCGAACACAAGGAAAAAAGGCGAGUUUUCGUAUUUGAUGUCUGCUGUGAUGAUUGUGAACAAGCUGUACAAAGUUCCAAACUCUUGAUGUUGAAAUGAGUCUUUUUUCUAAAGGGUGGGGGGGUCUGGGGCGACAGCAACACAAAAAUCUGCAGGUUUUAACAGCAGUGAUUGUUAGGUCAAAGAUCAGAAUAGAGCUCUCUGUUCCUGCGGUUUCGGUCGGACAGGAGGAAAGUAGAAUUGCCUGCGUUGUAUUUUAGCAUCAUUAGCUUAGCUGUGUUUCAGUCAGACACAGUUUCACUCCAGUUAGACUGAAACUAAAGAGCAGAGAGCUGUAAUCUGACUAACUGUAUGCUGUGCUUGAAUUAAACCGCACACAGAGAGCCCUGUUCACACAACUCAAAACACAAACCCAGGAGGAUUCUCAUGUAUCAUACACAGAAAACACCACACAAGGAUUCAGAAUAAAAACUGGUUUAGCUCUCUUGCUAAUUCGUCUGUCGGGACGCUAAGCUGAGCUCACUGAAGGCUUUAUGAAUACGAAACAAAGAAGCGCUCUUUCCUUUCUUUCUCUUCAGCUCUGGGGGAGUUGAAGGCAAACUAAAAAAUAAGCUUAAAAAGUGAGGAAGUUGUGCUGUUCUGCCACCGUGGGGCUCUCUGUGAACCUUUAUCUGUAGUGUAGUCGUAGAUCAGUGACAUGCUUUAGAGUCUCUUAGGUUUAGAGCACUGAUUGCACUCUUCUUUCUUUAAGCACAACUCAAAGCACAUACGCAUCCGAGAAAGGACGGUGGAACAUACAGAAAAACCAACAAUAACACCACGAGCAGAGAGAAACAGCAGAAGUUCACAGUCUGGUUUCUGGAGAGGACUCUGAGCUCUGAUUGUUCCGUGGAAUUUAAACAGAACGAUGACAUGCGGUUGUUGAGUCACACCGACUUGAACGUCUAAAAUGUUUGCACUGUAACGGGGAGUCGUAACGUGGGCUUUGUACUGCUGUGAGUGUGUGUCGCUGUAUAUCUUCCAGGAUGGAUUGAUUGUAUCUACUAGGCAUGGUCAGUAAAAAACGCUUGAAUGAAA